AUGACAGAAAAUGGGAGGAAACUCCAUAUAGGGCAUGAGAGACAGAUGAUCAGUCAGACUCAUAAAGUAGGCUCUCCUUAUUCUCACACAGUUUGUGACCGCAUUACACCUCAGUGUUUGAUUGAAGAGAAAACGAUGUCUUGUAAAAUUCCUUUGUCAGCAAACAAGAGAAUGAAGAACAGGGCGUUGAUAGUGUCUGUGGAGAGCUUCUAUCCAGGUGCAGGUCUGAACAACAGGAACGGUGCGAAGAAAGACACUCAAAGACUUCACAAAACCCUCAGCAAGCUUGGCUUCUCUGUGGAAAUCAGAAUAGACAUCGAAGCAGAUGAAAUCUAUGAAGCAUUUAAAGAAGCGAGCAAGAAGACGGUCAAAGACUGUUUUGUGGGCGUCAUAUCCAGUCACGGUGAGGAGGGUGUUGUGUUCGGAGCUGACGGACGUGCUGUGAAACUGGCUGAGAUCUACAGCUACUUUGGAGGUCCGUCAAUGGCAGACAAGAGCAAGCUUUUCUUGAUUCAGGCUUGUCGAGGGCAUGGGUUGGAUGAAGGUGUGGAGGUCGACUCUUCAUUCUCCGAGGAAGAGGACGGGGUGUCUGAGCUGUUUUCCAUCCCUAUUGACACAGCAGUCAUGUACGCCACAUCUCCAGGUUACGGUGCAUUCAUGCAUCCUCUGGGCUCAGAGUUGAUCCAAACCUUUUGUAAGCUGCUAGAAGAGGAAGGAGGUCCAGAUCUGGAGAUCACAAGACUCCUGACUCGGAUAAACUUCCAGGUGUCCUACAACUUUGAAUCCAGGGGGAAAGAGUUGGGUGGCAAGAAACAGAUGCCCUGCUUUGUGACCCGCUUUACCAGAGAGGUUUUCCCGUUCAGAAAGAUGGCAGCGGCAGAAGAUUUGAGCUUGAGCUUUGCAGCCACGCAGCUCAUCGAUGAACCCAGUCGAUCACGGAAGAGCUCCAUCAGCUGAACAGAGACUGACUGGAAGAACGGAUUAAUGUAACUCUUAGCAUCUCUCAAAGUAUCUCACAGGAGACUAAUGAAUAAAGUGACGUCAUGACACGUAAAGUUUCAUGUCCAGCAGGAAGUGAGUGGUUGGGAAAGUUGCAGGUCACAUUUUUAGUUCUCCAUUUAUGUGUCAUGUGUUUUUGCCAUUGCUACCUCAUUAUGCAUAUAACCUAUUUAUUCUCAAGAUACACUACUGUUCAAAGGUUUGAGGUCAUAAAAAAAUGCUUUUGAAUGAAGUA